AAGUCCUACUUCCCGCCCACCAACCGGAGCGACAUAGACAACAUGGCGGCGUCCUGCAAAGCAGACCAAUCGCCAGAACUGUCGACGCCGUUGAAGAUACCGAAGACAGAGGCGCCUUCCCCCGAGUCGGAGGAUUUGAGUGACAGUAACCAAUACCACUCCGAUCCCUCCACACCCAACCGCUUCUCGCCUUUGAACGUGGGCUGCGGGGCUGCCGGUCGGACAGCGGCCUCCUCCUCCUCCAACAACUACACGGCUUGCCGGGGGAUGUCGUGGACGCCGUCCGAAACGAACGCCCUCAUCGCGGUUUGGGGCAACGAACGGCUGACGGAGGCCAAAAUGCAGCAGUUGGAGGUCGCGGGCACCAUGUUCACCGGCAAGGCGCCCGGCCCUGCCAUGUACGAGCGGGUGUCCAGAGCCUUGUCGGAGCUGGGCUACGAGAGGACGCCGUCUCAGUGCCGGGAGAGGAUGAAGACACUAAGGCGCUGCUACAGCCGCGUGAAAGAGCAUGGCAUCGGCAAGAGGAAGAGCAGCUACACUAUAGAGCAGCUGGAGAAGGUAUUUGGUCAGGGAGGCUGGGACCCCCAGACUUGUGCCCCAGUCCUGAUCAACAGUAGUGGACUGUACCAGGACAUGGAGUCUGAUAGUAGCACCGUAGAAGAUUACUCCCAAGAGGAUUGGUGCAACCAAGUGCUGGACUCUGCAUUCCAGGAGGUAGACAUGAACAGUGAAAAAAUACAGGUGCCAAAAAACAAAGCUCUUCGGAUUCAAGCUGAGCUGUCAGCGCAAACCCAAAAAAUGGAAUUUAUGCAGACGUUGAUUCGUAUCCUAGAUUCAGUGGACCUGAAAUGGGAGCAUUUUCAGUCUUGGACUGAGUUUUCUCGGCUGCACCUCUCUAACAAGCUGGCCAUUUUUGGCAUUGGCUAUAACACUCGCUGGCGAGAGGACGUCCGUUAUCAUUAUGCGGAGAUAAGCUCGCAGGUGCCACUGGGAAAGAGGCUUCGAGAAUACUUCAACCCUGAGAAGCCUGAGGGCAAAAUUAUUAUGAACAAAGUUCAAAAGAUGAACUGGAAAAAUGUCUACUACAAGUACUUGGACAUUACCAUCAGCGAGGCACGUUGCCUAGAGCUUCAUAUGGAUGUAGACUGGAUCCCUGUGGCUCUGUCCAGGGAAGCAGUGUGUAGCAUGCGGACAUACCAUUACCUCCUACCUGGGGACAUCCCAAAGGCAUAUGGACUAUACGCUAUUGGUUUUGAGGAGGCAUCAUCUGACCAGGAUGAUACUAAAAACUGUAUCUUACCUCAGUGUGACUCUGAGAAUUGGGCAGAAGGAGGAGCGGGGGAUUGUGAGAGCACUAGAACCAAAGUCACUUACUGCUACCUUGGCAUAGCUGAAGAUAGGAACAUACAACAGUGUGUCCUCCAACAUUUUCAGGGUUCAAGCAAGCACUACGUCCAAGGUGAGCCCUCCUCUGUGACUUGCUUCCUUCAAGAGAACCGCCAAGACGGCGUCACAGAUGACUCAAUGAAAGACGAAGACCCGAUUCGUUGUUUGGCCAUUUACAUAAAAUUCAUAGAAGUGGAUUUGGACUUCUUGUCUGCAGGGUCGCUGGUGGAGUGCCUAGAAACUGCUAUUGGUUAUUCUUUAAAGUACAACAACAAGGAAGCAUUUUAAUUGUCUCACAGGUUGUGAAACACUUACUUUGUGCCCAAAGGUUUUGGCAAUGACUCAAAUUUGGUGUUUCAGUAACAUUGCCACUUUAGCUGUUAAACCAUAGGCACAUAUGACACAAAGAAAUGGACCGCACUUCAUAGUGCAACUUUCUUCGUUGUUUGGAGGCUGGUUUUACCUUAGGAAUUCACAUUACUAUGCGCCUAAGUUCUUACAAUUAGCCACAAAGUCAGCAAAUUAUUCUUAUAAAAUUAUGUUAUAAUUGCCAAAUACAAUCAAAAGUAUUUUUUCAGUUUUACCAAAAACUGUAAUAGCACGAGCUCUGGUUUGGACUGUAAACCGGUCGGUACAAUUCCAUUAAACGCAAGACUGGGACAUCAUCUCCAUUCGCCCUCGCCAAAUCUAAUAUGGCGCGGACAUCAACAUACUGUAUAUAUGUCGAUGGCUUCAACCCCUGCUGUUUAUUUUCAUGACUAAGUGGGUGGUUUUAUGCCGACCCCUAAUUGCGUGUACGUCAUUGAAAAGUUUAGUUAGUUGAGAUUGGUCCGAUAUAAAUCAUUUGAAGGUACAAUCAUAAGUGCAGGCUCUGUGAGCACUAAUGUUAGACCGGUUGCAAACAUUAACAUGAUUGUUACUCAAAGUACAGUUGUCCCUCAUUUAUCGCAGUUAAUUGGUACCAGAUAUGACAGUGGAAAACGAAUUUCAGCGAAGUAGAAUUAUUAUUAAUAAAUCAAAUAUUUGCUACUUGGAGCAUAACAAAACUGUUUGCGACCUUCUAAAUAUGUUUUUUAACAUAAUUACAGCCCUCUAAACAUUAAAUAACACCUUUACUAUAAUUUAACCCAAUAUAGUUUGUACUGAAUUUAGCCUUGAGUUUGUACAGUACUUAACUAUAGCGUCAUUGCUAUAGUUGUCACCCGGCCACGACGUGGAAAUACUACUUCUU